AUGGCGCCAGAUCGGGGAUUACCACAACCAGGAAAUGAAAGAGUUGGACAUGACGAAGAAACAGAGGAUGAUGCGCUCAGCCGAAGAGGACCUGGAGCCCGAAAUUACCUAGCCGAACAAGCGUCACAGCCACAAAACUUCACACUCCGGGGCGUUCUUGCCGGUCUAGCAAUUGGCGUUUUGAUAUGUUUCUCCAACAUGUACUUCGGCCUGCAGACUGGCUGGGUGAGCAGUAUGGCUAUGCCCUCGGCGCUGAUUGGUUUCGCGUACUUCAAAGUGGUUGCCCGGACGCUCAAGAUUCCCUUCACGCCUGUAGAGAACGUUUUAGUGCAAUCGGUUGCUGGCUCGGUGGGCACGAUGCCCUUGGGAUGUGGAUUCGUCGGCGUCAUUCCGGCACUGAAUUACCUGUUGAAGCCCGAAGAAAACGGGCCGCUGGAUAUCAGUCUUUGGAAGUUGAUAGUGUGGUCUGUGGGGAUCUGCUUCUUCGGCGUGGUAUUUGCGGUGCCGCUAAGGAGAGAGAUGAUUAUUCGAGAGAAACUGAAGUUUCCCAGUGGGACGGCUACGGCGCUUUUGAUCAAGGUUCUGCAUGGAGAUGAAAAGUCAAAGACGGUGGCUACACGGGGGAGAAGGAGAGAUGGAGAUGAGGUUGACGAGAGUGAAGAGGAAGCGCAAGGCCUGUUGCAAGGUUCGAGCACGCAGCGUGAGGAGCAUGACUUGAGGCCAUCAGUCGAUGAUGAUGUCCGGGAUCAUGAUAGCGAACAAGAGCUAGGAGACGACGGAGACUGGAAAUCCAAAAUCCGGUUGCUACUCAUAUCCUUCGCUGGAUCUGCACUUUAUACCGUUGUGUCAUACUUCCUCCCGCAACUCCACGAUAUUCCCGUCUUCGGCCUUCCACUAGCAAAUACUUGGCUCUGGACAUUGAACCCUUCUCCAGCAUAUGUAGGCCAGGGCAUCAUCAUGGGCCCUGCAACCACGCUGCACAUGCUCCUCGGUGCUGUCAUAGGCUGGGGUAUCCUUUCUCCGCUCGCAAAGCACAAAGGCUGGGCUCCAGGCCCAGUUUCUGACUGGACCAACGGCUCCAAAGGCUGGAUUGUUUGGAUCUCCCUCGCCAUUAUGCUGGUAGACUCACUCGUCAGCCUGGGUUGGCUCAUCCUCCGCCCCUUGAUCUCGAUAGGGAAAGCAUACUAUCCGACCGCGAAACAGACGUUCCAGACGCACUCGUGGAAAGAGCUAUUCACGCUGAACAUCACGUCCAAACAGCGCUACACGCCACUCCACGACGACACUUCAGCGAACCCAAUAUCAGCUAUCAAACACCACCUCGCCGAAGGCGCCGAACCCGACGCUCCACCCGAACAUCUCGUAUCGAGUCGCACCACCAUCAUCGGCAUGAUUGCUUCCCUAGUCCUCUGCAUCAUCGCCGUGCACGUCUCCUUCCCCAACCUCAUUCCCCUCCGCCUGACCAUCCUAGCCCUCUUCCUCUCGCUCUUCCUAUCAGUCAUGGGCGUCCGCGCCCUCGGCGAAACCGACCUCAACCCCGUAUCCGGAAUUUCCAAGCUCACACAGCUUGUCUUCGCCCUCGUAACGCCCACCACGGGCCCGGGCGCUAAAAACGCUGUCAUUAUCAACUUGGUUGCGGGCGCUAUCUCAGAGUCGGCUGCUCUCCAGGCGGGCGAUCUCCUUCAGGAUCUCAAGUGUGGACACCUCCUUGGCGCAGCACCGAAUGCGCAGUUUUGGGGCCAGAUGAUCGGUUCGGCUGUUGGCGCAGUCUUGAGUGCCGUCGUGUAUAAGUUGUACACGAACGUGUAUACUAUCCCAGGCGGGCUUUUCGAAGUCCCCACAGGCUAUGUAUGGGUUUUCACCGCGCGGUUAGUCACAGGUAAAGGCCUUCCGCCCAUGGUCAAAGAAUGGGCUAGUGGCGCGGCGGUGAUCUUCGCGGUUGGCACGAUGGUGAGGGUUUGGGGCAAUAAUAGAAAGCAGAGGGGCUUGAGUGGGUGGUGGAUUGAUUUUGUGCCGGGAGGCAUUGCUGUCGCUGUUGGUAUGUACAACACGCCCUCGUUCACGUUGGCGCGCACAAUCGGGGGUUUGAUCAGUCUGUGGUGGAGGCGCUGGAAGGGCCGCAGUGAGACACCCAUCAUCGUCCUAGCGAGUGGGCUGAUCCUAGGCGAAGGAUUGUUUAGUAUUGUAAACCUUUUAUUAGCAAGUUUGAAGGUUCCGCAUCUGUAG